AUGUGUGCGUACUCUGGGCUCAAGGGGAAGAAGAGGCGGCAGGUCGUGCCGUUUGACUACUGGAUUCGUGGCGGGAGCCCUCGUCCCGCGCCCAAGGGCGAUUUCGGCCACUCGGCCCCCACUUAUGUUCGACCUGGGCACUGUCGCUACUACGCAAUGGGGCAUUGCGUGCACGGAAUGCGAUGCAAAUACAAGCACGAGCAGUCGGGCGAACCUAUGAGCCCUCCCCAAUGGUCUACUCCUCCCCCUCCUCUUCCCCCCUCCCUUCCGGCGUACUCGCCGGUCGCAUACCCCGUCACCCCGCCUGCUUCCUGCGCGGUACCGCUGUUUGACACCAUGAUGACCCCUCCGCAAAUGAUGACUCCCGCCUCGUCGAUCUCGUCUAUGGGUUCUCUCACCUACUCGCCUUCAACGGCUACAACAGUCUCCGAGGACAUGCCGUGGAUAUUGGACUUUGACCAGCAUGACGACGCGGGUGUCGCCGUCGCUUCCCCUGUGGAUGAGUUCGGUGUCCGUAUGCCUGCCCCGCAGUCAGCGAGCAAAGUGCGGAACAUGAAGUACAAAACGAGCCCAUGCAUGUUCUUCAGGUCCGCGUCUGGCUGCUCGAGAGGCGAUAUGUGUACAUUGUUCCAUCCACUCGGAACCUUCCCCAGUCUCGACACCCGAGCCUUCGGCACUCGCACUGCCGCCUAA